AUGCCAACCAUCCAGCCAACUGAACCGCCCAGUGGUGCUCGGCCAUCCGACUUGGACACUUUAAUCCCGAACGGCACUCAGACGGUGAAUGGCGACUUUUAUACAUCCUGCCAGGACCUAUCCAUUAAAUGCUGCCAGCUAACACGUCCCAGUUUAGAUAAAGGCAAUGACGAAUGUAGAAAAAGCCUCAACUUGCCUGCGCACCGGAAAUUCAACUUUGCCGAACUAUAUACGAUUAAUAUGUGCAUUGAGGAGUGCAACUUCAUAGGCUGCGGCUACAUCGAAAUCGAUCCACCCUUUCGCCUGGAUCUGGCCAACAUCCGCACCAAUCUGCAGACGAUUGCACCCCAGCCACAGAAUGAAUCGAUUCCAUUCCUGGAGGAUGCGUAUCGGAAAUGCGAGUUAUUCCGAUCGUCGCACGGAAGACGAUUCACUCUCCACCUGCCAGAUAUUGAAUUCAUCGAGGAACCCUGCAAUCCCUUUGCCCUACAAAUCACCAUAUGCGUCCGCAUCCAUGCCAUGCAAAAGUGUCCCAGCGAAUUUUACGUGGACAGCGAGGAGUGCCGAUUGGCCAGGGAAUACUUCACCCAGUGCGUCGGGGAUAUUGAAACCAAUCUUGCCUAGGCAUCAACCUGAAAUCGGCGAAAGUUCAUACGUAUCCUGUGAAAACUUCCACUGGAACCUGCUAAAAUGUGUUGAAAAAUAAAGGAAAAAGUCGUAAAAGUCAUAGAUGAAAUAUGGCAAUUUGACUGUGAAGUCCUCGGUGUGGGUUAUUCUGCUCUUGGCUGCACUGUCACAACUGCAAAUUGAAUCGCACUCACACUCACACACACAUACACACACACACAGGACCUGCUCGCAUGUCAAUGUCCUCUGCUGACUUUGCAUAACUUCGUCUGCUGCUGCCAGCUCCCCAUACCCCAAAAGCUUCUCUUUCACUAUUUAAACUUGUUAGUUUUUUGACACUUUUUUUAACACAUGCACAUUACUUGCAAGGCGAACGGGUAUGCCCAAUUUAAGGAUUAGUUGGUUGCGAGAUAAUGGCAGGAUUAACAGAAACUGAUUUUAAACGAGUAUAACGUUCAUUGUAUUCCAAUCCAAUAAUAUUUGAAUCUCAAAACGAAAAAAUCUUAGGAAUCUACUUUAUAGCUCUUGUUGAGUAAUCCCUAUUCGAUCAUUUGUUAAAGCAACAUUUGCCCAGCCAAGUCAGCAGCAAAAGUUGCCGUUAUAUAUAACACGUCUGUCGGUCUGUCUUCGGGUGGUUUCACUGUGUUUUUUGUCGGUGUCGCAGGACAUGUUAUGCAACUGGAAUAAAGGAGCAGAAUUUAUGUGUUAGCUGGAUGACUGUGCCAGCAAGUCCUUGGCCCUACCCCCCUGCCAUCCUGCCCCGUUCGUCCUCGGCGUGCCAAUGUGUCUGGCUUUGCAGCGUCAGGUUAAACGGGAUUUAUGUCCUUCAAGACGUGCAGUCUCAGCCUGUUUUCUUAAAACAAUUAACGAAUUACGGCUCUCUCCUUUGGCCUCGCCCUCCUGCCAAAUCCAUCUCUGUUCCGUGUUUGUUCCUCUGGCAGGGAGUGGAUCCAGUUCUGAACUGAUUUGCAUUUCCAGCCGAGAAGAAGCUGGCAGGGAGGCAACUGGAUGCCCCGGGCCGACAAUCAAAGGACUUUGGCUUGGCUUGGCAUUUUUCUUUAAUUACGCCCUCGAGUCAAAUUAAAAGCAAAUGAUAGUUGUCUCCCUUUUGCUGUAUCCUUUUCCCGCCUUGCUCCUUUCGUUAUCUGUGGCUCUCCGGGAUUUUCCAGUUUACUUAGUCAAAUCAAAGCUUUCAAGAAAAUUGUUUUCCUUUCUUUCUGAUGGUCAAACUGCUGACCAAGGACCAAGUCGUCCGUACAUGCACACACAUACACACCGCUGCUGCCCACUUAAGCAGGAUCUCACACAUUCAUAGCUCCUUAUUACAGCUAGACUGCUUUGUUAGCUGCAUGUCCUUGAGUGCACUCGAGUAGGAGCUUUUGAGUUUGAGGUUUUUGUGGCAAAUAAUUUGUGUAAUUAAGUGACCACCAACAGCCCCCCCUUCCAGUUAAUUGCUUAUUUGUGUAGCUAAUUAGUUGGGUAUUGCCAACAAACGGGAGAUGGCCAGGCAUCUGAAGAAGACUUCGCUGCUGAUGAUGCUGAUGAUGAUGAUGGUGCCUCCGAGAGUGGCUCAAUUCACCUCACACCACAGAUCCAGAUUUUUUUCUUCACUCCCAUCAGACGUUGUCUAGCAGCACUCGUAAUUAAAAAAGAUCCAUAAAAGCGACGGGGAAGUACAAAAGUGAGGCACGUGUGCCCCUCAUCCCUGGGAGGUCCUGCCCAUCGCCCCCGCCUGGCGUGCUGCAUAAUUCAGGCUGGAUCCUGCACCACUGCACCAGCAACCACCAUAACAAGCUGGCGGGGCUGGCGGCGUGCAAUCAAAAUUAUUAUAAUUGCGACGCGUUCGCCUUUGUGCGACAACAAUGACUUCCGCUUCCGUGCUGAAAUUCGCCUGUGUCUGCUUGUCAUUCCAUGUGCCAUGUACCCACUGCAUUGUUUUCCAUCGCUGAAACAGAGAUAGUGGGCUGGGUGGGUGGAGCAGCACAUUAAGUGCCUGCAAAAGACGAGCAACAAAGUGAACAGCUGCGGGAUGGGGGAGGAGCAGGCGUACUCCACCAUGGGGUAGCUGAAAGAUGGGAACAACGUGCUCAAGUCCUGGCAAAAUGCAAAAUGGAUGGUUGGUUGUUCCGGAUGGGACACAUUUUAUGCAACCAGUUAGUAUAAUAGAGUGCAGCCAGCUAACUGAGCCAUCUUGCUGCACGAGGAUACUCAUGAGAUCAGCUGGCCCAAACUGCUGCGUCUAAAUCUAAUCAAUCAAUCAGUCAAUCCGUCAGUCAGGCACUCAAUCAGCAGUCAGGUCAAACAUCAGCCACACUCGGCACCUAAUGAAAUAAUUCAAUUUGCGCUUGCCUUUGGCUUGAUUAUGAUUAUUAUUAUUAUUACGACGACUGUGAUUAUCAACACUCCAACUUUGGCAGGCGUUAUUAAUUGGGACAAAGUGCUGGUUCUGGCCAAGGAAAUUUUCCCUGUCCAAAUGUGAUCGGUGGCCAAUCAAUGAAAGUGCCAGCCGCACGCAACGUGCAAUUUAAUCAGUUUAAUUAAUAAGCAACAUCGUUUGUCAGCACAAGGGUUGCCUAGGCCCGGAAAUUGAGUGGUAUUGUUUGUCACGGGCAUAAACUGUUGGCUAAAUGGCAGCCCUGAUUGCUGUUGCUGCAAUACUGUUGGCCAAUGUUGUUGGCCUGGCCAAAACCAGAACUUGGCCUAGGCCUAUUUUUAAAUGACUUAUUUAUGGCACUCGAACAGGUCACGAAUGGCAGGGCCGUCUCUCUGGUAAUGGCUUCAUUUGUCUGGCUCUGCCUGAUUUAUCUAAAUGAAUUGUUACUGCCGCGUAUUUGUCACAAUUCCGUUGGGGUUUUAUCAACCGAUCCUGAUCCUGGCCCACAGUCCAGUCCUCCUCCUUCGCCUGCUGACCCCUUCGUUUUGGCUUUCCGCUUCUAAUUGCCUCGCAUGCGACAGCCAAAGCCUGCCGUGGAAAACCCCUUUUUGCAUAUUUAGUGAGCCAAGCGAGGGGGCUUAGUGCUGUGCCAUGGCAAAAUAUGUGGCUACCAAUUUCGCUUUGGGUCCCUUUCUGGAUUUAAAACGCAAUCCAUAGUUUCGUGAUCGAUGGCCAUAGACAUUAAUGGUGCUAAGUGGGCCAUAAAAGCAAAUGAAACUUUGCGGCGACUGCAGUUGAAGGCGGUCGUAGGAAUUAUAUAAAAAUUACAUACAUAAACUCGAGUGGCCACUUGACUGCCAUAUGAAUCCGCACACGCAACAUAAACACACCCACACACACACCCAUACCCAUACCCACACCACUCAAGUGGUCCACUCAGACACAAAUAUUACAAUGGCAGCGAGUACAAUACAAUAAAUCAACGACUCGGGCAAACUCAGCAGCUCGACGGCCUGCUACAAAUAAAUGCAUAAACUUCGAGUGUCAAACAACAAGGAAAGUAUGAAAGCUGGGCGAGAAGUGGGAAAGUGGCAAAAAUGGGACAAGGGUAAGCAGGUUGAACCGUUCCAAGCCAUUUCGCUCGGCAAUCAAUGAGCUAUGAAAAUAUGGAAAAAUAUAAGCGACAAAACGUGCCAUCCAUUGUCUAUCCGAAAUUCCGGGGUAGGUUGGCUAUUUUGUCAGUUUACAAAUCACCUUCCGUAUGCAGCUGACUGGUCAAUUGGCGCCUGACAUUACGCAUUCGCAACGUUGGCCGAGAGGAACCUGAAUCGUUGUUAUAGAUGCUCGCAAGCUCAUGAAAUAAUACAAGCACGCAUCGAUUUAACCUUUGCAGGGCGUGGCCCAUCCAGAAAGGCAGACACAAAGUCUGGCAAAGAGCAGAAAUCUGUUGAAUAUCAAAUAACAAUCACUUGGCAAGCUAAAUAUAUCAUUAUGCCUAAGUAGGCGGUCGGAUGGGGAGCGGAAAGUGGGUGGCAGGAGUUUUGAGGCAGCUACAAAAAGCUUUGCACAUGCGAACAUGCGAGGCAAAGAAAUGGGAUCUGACUAAGUGUGUGUGUGUGUGUGUGUGGAAUGGGGGGAUUUGUUUGUUGCCUUUAUUUUUUCUCAUUUUUUUUUUCCUUUUUUUUGGGUGGCUGUUUGUCGGGGCUAUCCUUUUUCGCCUCCUCAUCCUGUCGCCUUUCUUUGCUACUUUUUAUAAUCCUCACAGCUUGCAUGUUUGCUUAGCACCUACGAGGGAUAGGAAGCUGCGGAUGGGUCGAUGAUGCGGAACAGGUUUAAAAAGUUUAAGCCGGAGAAUCCUGUUGUUGCGGCUGCUGCGGGGGAUUCUUCUCCUUUGCCGGGUUUUAUAUAUAAUACAUUUGGAAAAAUUUUACAAAUCAUCUUGCAUAUUUGAUUUGCAUACAAGAUUUUUCAUCGCAACUGCCAAUACCUUGCCCGGGAUAUCCUCCCGGGUGCUUGUAUUUGUAUUUCUGUUUGUGCUUGUGUGUGGGUGUCCUUGAGCUCGUUUGUAUGUCGCCGAAUUGCACAAGAGAUUCACAAAUUGCUUUCAUUGAUUGCCGACAAAGCCGAAGUGUGUGAGGUGAAUGGAGACUUUGGUGUCCCGUGUGUGUGAGCGAGGGUGUGGUGCGCGUAAGUGUGUGAGUGGGGGCACGAAGCACCUUGACUGCCGCUGGGAAUAUUCCUUAAAUUCCCGCCUGUUUCCUUAUGCUCUUGGCAUGUUAAACUGCUGGGAAGAGAAAUCCCCGCGCCACGUUGCGUAUGAGUAAUGUCGCUGUGGGCCGGCAGCUGAAGAGCCCAAACAGCAUUUUAUAACUGACCAGAUGCUAAGAGCCCGGGCCGCGACCAGUUGACCCAUUUGAAAUUUUCUUUUUUUGCUCCUACACUUCCAAGUCAGCCAUAAAGUUUAGAAUUCCGGGAACUGUAAUUCUAGAGAACUAGAAGAUGUUUUGCAAGAACUCAUCCAGUUUGCCCAAAAUAGAUAUAAAAAUACAUUUAUUAUCGAUUGAAGAAAUGUGUCCUAAAGCUAGAAAGUAGAAAGUAGUUUUCUACCAGUGUAGUGUUCCCCUGGCCAUUUGUCGUUUGUUGCGUGCCGUGGACGUCUACGUGAAAUUAUUACGCUGCAAUGCAUCAUCAAAAGUAAACAGCAGCAGCACAGCCAGAGCAGCUCGGCACUAGACAGCUUGAGGGAUGGGGAUGCGGAUGCGGACAGCUGGUGGGGGUGGGGAAGUGGGAUGGGGAUGGGAACGGUGGUUCAGAUGGGGGCGGUUCACCAAAAUGUGCGUCUGACAUAUUAGAGAGCGCCAAGAGCCGGAAAAGUGGAAACUGGACGGUGGGCAGUGGGUGGAACUAUAAAUUCAGACCGGCAUACGCAGCGCACAAGGGAGGCGAAAAAAAUAACACAAAAUUGUAUUUAAACAGGCUUUUAUUUAACCGCUACACAAUUGAAAACAAGCGAUUCUAAUGAAUACCGAAUUGCACUGCCGUAUGGAUACCCUGUGAAGCAAUAUGGUUGAUUCGUUUGUUUUCAAAGACUUAAAUAAGUUCUUUUGUCUUUCAAAAGCUCUCUUAAGUGAGGUAUACUUGUACAAAAAGGUAUCGGGACCAAUGAUUCAAUUUAAAAACUUCUGCUUUUACCAAUUAUGCCAUUUUCCAGCUGCCCAUGCAGGGUAUGUUUGGAAAGCAUCAGCAGUUAGUGGGACACUAGAUGGUGGACAUGCCACUAGAGUAAUUGUUAUCCUUGCUGGCUGUGCACAGGCACGUAAAGCCCUUAAAACAUGGACCGAGUAGGAGCGAGAGGGAGAGAGAGAGAGAGAGACAGAGACAGAGAAGACUAACAGGACGAACGGGAACAGGCUAAACAACAACGGCACUUCACGGCACGAGCCGUGCAGCAGGAGCUGAAACAAUCCUAUAAGCAGCACUCAGCGGCACGCACUUGAAGCCCCGGAUCCGAGGGCUCGUGCUCGUACUCCUACCCGAACCCAAGCCCAAAACCCACACCCGGACCCGGAAAAGUGGAGCGAGUGGAGUCCGGGCAGCUAAAACUGCAAUCGCAGCUGGCUCCGGAAUCCGGAUCCUUGUCUAUUUGCCUUGCCUGAGAGGACGACGACGAGCGCAGCUGGGGCGGCACUUUUCCUUUACGGCUCUCAGGCGAGGCUCAAAUUUCGUUGCUACUGCUUAUUUAUUUUUAAUAUUUUUAUUUGCCCUGCAAAUAGCCUCCCGGCGGUUUCACUGUGUUUUAUUUACUUUCGCUGUUGCGGCAUCGCUUUAUUUUUGUUUGCCAGUGGUUUUCCGGCGGAGCAAAUCUUUGCAUUCCAAUGCGUUUCAAUUAAGUGGGCCGACUUUUGUUUGGUCACGCAGAAAUUAAGCAGACCAGUCGGAAUUCCCCUACAAGUUUCAAAAGUCAGGUCCCCGCAUAGAGUAGCCACCCCUAAAAGGCAGUGCAAAUGUUGGAUAACUCUGCUGUAUAAUUGAAAUACAAAGCCCAUUUAUACGAAACGCGAUAAAAAAGCGGAACCGGCGACACCGACGGGGCAGCCUGAAAUAAAGCAGCAAAGUGGCAAUCACGCCAAUCACGCGUAAUAAAUCAUUGCGUGAGCGAAUGUUUCCAUGCACCCAUUUUAUAGGUACAUACAUACACAUAUAUAUUUUUGCCCAGUUUGCGUGGCAUUUGGCGAGUGAAACAGCCGUCGGAAGAGACGGAAGCUCGGCGGACUAACGGCAGUCACGUGUGGCCAACGCACGCAAUAAGACCAAACGUAUUUUUUUAUACCCAUACCUAUGCACAGCCGCCUAGCGGGAAAUCGCCCCAAACACGCAGGAAAAGCGCAAGUUGACAGCCAAACAAAAGCUGAAAAGCGACGUUGGCCCAUUGUGAGCGAUGACAAGUGCGGAUUGGCUACGCAAACAGCAAUUAAAGAGCCAAAAGGCUUCAAUUAAUCCUUGACCUCUUGAUAUCGACCUGCUGACCAAGUGACUGAUUUUCUCGCAGAGAGCAGGAUAUUUCUAUUAGUUAA